AUGUCCAAUUCGGAAGAUGUAAUCUUGUGGAAAAUUCCACUAAAAUCGAAAAUUCAUGUUGUCGAAUUUGAACACGGAGAGAGAACUGGAGUCAGAGUUCUUCGUGUUGAUGGGAAUGAAUUGUUCCGUACAGGACAAUACAAGAUGACUGGAAAAGCAUCAUUCCAAGUGGAUACUCUUCAAUGUCGAGUCAUGGUGAAAGCCGCCAAUCCUACGCUUUUGAUAUACGCUCUGAAAGUCGACGGAAAGUUGCUGAAGGAUUAUAAAAAAGAACAUCACCGACAAUGGCAAUCAUGGGAUUGCAAUAUUGAUGGAGUCAAGUGGAAAAUCGAUCUUGACAAGUCCACAAUGGAAAUUCGAGCUAAUGGAAUCAUUGUUCCAACUACUGGAGAGUUUCUCGAUGAUGAAACUGUCACUUCUUUCACCGUUGGCGUAAAAGCAACUCCGUGCAAGAUUGUGGCUAUCGGUAGUGGGAACAUCGAGAUUGGAAUAAUACACAAGCUCUACGUCAACAAUGUUCGCGUUCCAAUCAAUCGAGAUUAUUUCGAUGAUUGA